GAGAUAUUGUUCAAAACAAUGUGAUUGCAUUUUCAACUUAAAAUCUCGAAUGCGUUCACACGGUCAUCAAGUGCAUAACCCAAAAUCCAAAUCGAAUAGAUACUUUUGAAUAUUAUAAACACAGAGAUUCAGGUUUUGGAUUUCCUACUGCCUAAAACAAACAAAAUUCUGCCAGAUAACACGAAGGAUCUUUGCAUCUCUUGUCAGUACCUUUAAAACAAAUAAAAUUCUGCCUGGAAAUCUCUGUUUUACAGAAACUGCCAUUUGGGUAUUGUUUUUUAACUUGUAGUGGGCUCUGUAAGUACAAAGUCAUGAGCUCUGUAAGUACAAAAGUCGCAGUCAAUUUAAUGGGAAAAAUGCAGCUAUUCGAACAGUUGCAGGUUAAUUUGGCCGUCAAGAAGGCUCAGUUAGUUCUUCCCACUGAGAAGAAGGUUGGUCUGGUGUUGGUGGACAUCGUCAAUGGCUUCUGCACAGUUGGCUGUGGCAAUCUGGCUCCCCAACACCCCAAUCAGCAGAUAAAUGUUAUGGUGGAAGAGAGUGUGAAGCUGGCCAGAGAAUUUAGUGCUCGAAAAUGGCCAAUACUGGCAUUUCUUGACACACAUUAUCCAGAUAAGCCAGAGCCUCCUUAUCCUCCUCAUUGCAUAGUAGGAACUGGUGAAGAAAAUCUUGUUCCAGCCCUUGAAUGGUUGGAGAAUGACCCAAAUGUUGUCAUAAGGCGCAAAGAUUGCAUAAAUGGCUUUGUUGGUUGCAUUCAGCAGGAUGGCUCCAACGCAUUUGUUGAUUGGGUGAAAGCCAAUGAUAUUCAAGUAUGGCAUUUGUCAAUCCAGAUAUUAGUUGCAGGCAUAUGUACAGACAUAUGUGUGCUAGACUUUGUAUCAACUGUUCUAUCAGCAAGAAACCGUGGCUUUAUUCCUCCUUUGGAAGAAGUUCUGGUAUACUCUCAAGGAUGUGCAACUUAUGAUCUUCCUGUCGAGUCUGCAGAAAAAAUAGAAGGUGCAUUUCCUCAUCCACAGGAUGUAACUCAUCACUUAGGCCUAUACUUUGCCAAGUCCAGGGGGGCUGAAAUUGUGGACAAGGUCUCAUUCAUUUAGAGAAUACAUGUAGACAUUAUGUUUUUUUAAUGCAUCCUGAGCAGAUAGCACAAAAUUCAAAUUCAACUCCUUUGUAUAACACCCUUUAUUAAGGAUUUCUUUGUAUUCCAAACAAACUUUGCAUGCAUGUCACCUGAUAUUUUUAGUAAAAGGUAUAUAGUUAUACAUAUGAAAUGCUUAAAAGUCUA